CACUACGGUGGCCUGAGUCCUCCACUUCUGUCCCUCAUGGACAUGGCGGUGUUCUCUGCGUGUCAUAUUACUGGGGACACCGCCACUGUAGUUUCAUGCAAGCUUUACUGUUCAUGACAUGGUUAACGAUGUACUACUGUUUAAAAGUUGACCGAGGAAAUGAAAUAUAUUGGACAAUUUCCUUAACUCGGGUUUCAAAGAACGGGAACAACGGUGACUCUUUUCCAAGUGCGCAGCCUUGAGCUCAAGAAUAUUUGUAAUCUAUUUACAGCUGCCGCUGAGUAAGGCGAACUGCACUCAACGAGACAUGAUCCCAACUCGAAGCUGUACUCUCCAAGACCGUUUAUUAUUUUAAAAUAACCACCAUAUUUCGAUUAUUAAAAUGGAUCCUGCUUUGAAAGGGAAAUGUGAGGGUGCAGAGCCAGAGACGGAGGAAUUGCAGGACGUGGGGCCAGGAAUAAUCGAUAUCGACGACGAAGAUGAGAUUGAGGAACUUCAUAAAAGUUUAAAGGAAGUUGUUCAGGAUCAAUCAGUGAAGCCUAAACUCCAGUGUCUGAUGGUGGACCCAUCCUUCUCUAUGGUGACGGUACAGAGCGAGGACAGUGGGAUAGUAUGGGAGACUGCUUCCAGCAGAUGCUCAACUCCAUGGGCUUCAGAAGGAAGCUCGCCAUCUGAACAAUACAGCAUGGAAGGUUCUGGAACACAGGGGAAUAUUGUGAUCAUAAUGGAUGAAGACAGAAUAAAGAGGAAAAAAACGACCAGCAGAGGCAAGCUGGGUGACAGGUUUAAAAAGCCAAGCUCCAGACUGCCAAAAAGUCGGAUAGGUGAGGAAAGACCUGCAAUGAUUGAGGUGUCAGUGCCAAAUAUCAGGUCUGAAAGCAUUGAGGAUGGUACGUCUGCUGAGAGCAAGGAUCAAGAUCUUUUUAGUUUAAUAUCAGAGGGUUUUGAAAUACUCAAUAUUGUUGUACCAACAAAGCUUGCUACAGUAGAUGAGGAAGAUAGCACUGUACUGGUGGAGAAUUUGUCCUACUUGGAUGAUACCCCAAAGAUAAAAUCCAAACAUAAGCAUGAACCUGUAGCUACAAACAGGUGUCCUGUGGACAUAGAUGUUGAGGAAAUAAAGCAAACUGAAAGCUUGAAGGAUUCUUUCCAGAUCUCUGCUGACAAACAGCACAAAAAGGAUGAAACUCAUAUGGACUACCUUGAAAAAUUCACACUGUUAGAUGAACAGGCACCUAGUGAUGGCACUACACUGAUGGAAAAACUUGAACCAGAAGUGACUGUUCAACCAGAAGAACCUCAAGUGACUCAGAAAGAACCAAAAGCAGAUGAAGCAAUUGAUGAGGAUUCCUUUGUAAUUAUCAAUGACGUUGAAAUUGCAGGUGAACAUCUUGAUGAAGUGUUUUAUGGAAAUAAAUUGAAUGCAGAGCCUGUGGUUCCCCAAGAGCAUGGUGGAGGAACAGCAAAAGUGAGCACUAAAACUCUUAAAGAGAGUGGAUCAGUCUUAUUUGGAAGUCAGGAAUGUAUCCUCACACCUGUAUACCUCCCUACCGGACCACCAAAGAUCAUAGAUCUUGUUCUUCUUGAGGAACCACGAGCAAUGUCUUUCCAUUACUCAGACCUUUACGAGGACGCGAUUGGAGACCGGAAGAAAGAAGACGACUUUUCGGAUACGGAGAGUGUUGCUUCUGAGAGGUCCUUCAAAAGGCGAUACUCUGAUUCUGAUGAUGCAGAUGGAUAUCUGGAGAAGUUCAUAUUGAAGGAUGAAAUACCAUUGGUUGCUAAUGUACCUGAGGCCAAAGAGAAGGAAAAUGGGGGGAAAUUAGCAUGGUCACAAAGUAAAUUUGAACUCACUGGAUGUUUAGAAAGAGCACAAGAUAAAGAUGAUGAAGUAACUGUGGAUCAGUCAUGUGUGCAAGAUAAAAAUGAAGGUGAAGCACAGUGUGAGUCCACAGGGUGUUGUUCAGAGGGACACUGUGCUCCAAAAAUUCAACCAGAGGUGGAAAUGAUCAUUAGAGGAAUUGUCACAUCAGACGACUUGGUUGCAAAGCAUAGUAGGGAAAAUGAAAAGCAAUGUGAUGUCACUGAUACACGACCUCAAGUGGAUCAUGUCCUUGAGCCACAAAGCAAAACCACCAAUAAAGAAGAUCACAGUGGACAAGAACAAAUAAGCCUGACUGCUCAAGUGACAGGGGGUUUAGCGCAUGAAGAUGUUAUUAAAACUAAAGAGGAAUUUGAAAUUCUGUCUGUAACAAAGAGCUCUGAGAAAAUCCAGACUGAUGUACCACAUGCUAUUGAAAAUAUUGGUGCCUCUGGGGCCAGUGUGGAUAAACGUCAUGAAGUAGCUGAUGUCAUUGCUGACAUCCAGGAAACAAGUACUAUUACUAAAAAUGGCAAAGGAGAGAAUAAUAAAACCAAGACACAAGGCAAAAUUUUAGAGCAAAAUAUUACCCCAGGGAUUGAUAAAGGCAUUGCUAAAAUAUUAAAAAGAGAAGAACCAGAAAUAAUUGCUCAGAAGUUUGCCAGUCUCAAAGAACCCCUGUUAGAUAAAACAGAACCUCCAAAAACUGAAGAACCUUCAAAAGUGGAGAAAGAAGUCAAGCCUUCAGAAGAGACUGAAACAAUUACAAUGGAUGCUACUGAAGUUGAAUGUUCUGCAAAAUCUUUAGAAAAUGAGUCUCAAGUCCAUGAAAAUGGAGAAACACUUGCUGUAGUUGAGAAUAAAGUGAGUGAAGGAUUAAUUCCCAAUAAGGAGAAACAAGAGCAAGUAAUUGACAAGAUUGGUGCAGCACAAGAGGUUGAGGCCCAUAUCGGUACAACAGAAGUGUUAACAGAAAUUGAAAUGAAGCCAGAGUCUGAAAUCACUUCAGUUCAGAGCUCAUCAGAACAGUCACAUACAAGUGAAACAGAUACAGUGAACAUUGAGCUUCAGGCUAAACCUGAGAUUACAAGUGAGGAGAAAAUGUAUCCAGAAGCAACACUCAAGAAAGUCAAAGAGAGCACAGGGGCAGAUAGGCCAACAAAUAAGGCACCAGUGCUUGAACAAAGGCUGAAAGAGCAAAAAGAACAUGUUGACAUACCAAUGAUUGAACCUGUGGUUACAGAAAAACAUGGAAAAGUUGAGGAAAUCAAGGUGGAUGUUACAGAGGAAGCAAAUAAAAAGGUUGACACCACAAAUGAGCCUGUUCAGGAUGAGAUACCUUCUCAGAAAAGAAUGACAACAGAGACGAAUCAAAUAAUUGAUUCAAGGCAAGAAUAUAGUUUAUUGUUAGCUAAUGACAUGGAGGCAUUUGCUCGAGAAAGCACAGAAAAGAUAAGAGUAACCGAAGACGUAAAGGACUUAUCAAAAUUAAGACUGUCACCUGUUGUACCAACAAAAGAGGAGCAGGUAGAAGAAUAUAGUGAAAUAAAUGACGUGACCAUAUUAACCAGAGAGAUCCCAGUGAAAGAUUCAUCCAUUAGUAGGACAGAUAUUGAGAAAAAGAUGUUACCUCUAUCGUCAACAGAAACAUUAGUGGAAGGAAAGAAAACACACGUGAAUGAUGUACAGAUUGAACAUAUAGCAGAUCUACCAGAGCCCAUUUCGCCUCCUCCUCCAGUUGAUGAAGAUGAACCCUCAGCAAUGACAGUUUCACCUUUAGUGCCAGAGGAUAGUGAAAAAAUGUAUGACGAUAUACAUAGAGGAGGAAGCCUAAGUAGGAAUAAAGGUGUUUUCUCACAAUUGCGAAGUUUUACCCCUCAAGAGGACCUGUCGGCCUUGAGCUGCGACCCAGAUGUGCAGCAGGAAAUUGCAGAGGAACUUGAUUAUGAGAUGGUGACCGAACAAGAGGCAAGACAGUCUAAACAAGCUAUAGCUGAGGAUGGGCACUGUGAACAAGAUCGACUGUCAGAUCAAACUCUGGAAAAAGGCUUUGAAUUUGUUGAGGAUUUGGAUAGUGCACAAAUGGCAGAAUACGAACAUCAAGAGGAACUUAAAAUUCAACCAAUGGAUGCGUUCUGCCUUGUUUGUCGUUGCCCAGUACUGCUGAGUGAGGCUGAGCAUCAAAACCAUGAGAUGGCCUCUUUGGAUGAGGCCUAUGACAGUAUUAAGAAUCAGCUGAGUGAACUGAUAUCAGUUUUACAAGGAAAAUCGGAGAAUAUUGAAGACUUUGUAUCUGAGAUUGAAUUGGCAUACAACACAGUGGAGGAGAACUUUAAUGAUUGUGAGAGGAUCAUAAAGGAGCACAAUGAGGAGGUGGUGAAGCUGGUGAUGGAUCAGUAUAAUGAGAUGUCUCAGGCCAUGGAGGAGGAGAAAAAGGCCAAACUGGAGCAGCUGUACGACCAGAUAGUGUCGUUCCAGGAGAAUAUCGACAAGGCCAAGGAGACUAUGGAGAUGACAGCUAAGGAGGAGGAAGAGACAGACCCACUCAAGUUUCUUUCUUCAUCUAAAGAUAUCAAUAUGAGGUUGAAUACAGCUUUGGAAUCCACCAUGUCACUUGAACUUGGUCCACGAGGGCUGCUGGUUUUUGAGGAUUAUGCCAAGGGCAAAUCAGGCAAUGAGAGGAAAACCAGACAAGCCAUUCCAGUGCCUCAAAAACCACAUCUUCAGCCUCAAGAGGCCAAUUCUGCAACCAGCACUUCUGUCACUGUGUAUUGGAGAGUCAAUGAGGAUGACAUUAUUGACUGCUUCCAAGUCUACUGCAUGGAAGAGCCACAAGGAGCUAUCUCAGAGGAGUACAGGGUGACUGUGAAGGAGAGCUACUGUAAUCUAGAAGAGCUGGAACCUGAUAAGUGUUAUAAGGUGUGGGUGAUGGCGGUGAACUACACAGGCUGCAGCAUGCCGAGUGAGAGACUGCCCUUCAGAACCGCCCCUUCUGUCCCGGUGAUCCAGACAGAAAAGUGCACAGUGCUGUGGGACACAGCCACGCUGCGUUGGAGCGCCGUUCAGCCCAGCGCUGUGGACAGCUUCACACUGGAGUAUUGCCGUCAGUAUGCAUGUGAGAGAGAGGGACUCAGAUCCUUAUCAGGGAUAAAAGGCUAUGAGCAGAGGGUCCUCCUUCAGCCCAAUGAAAAUUACCUCUUCUACAUCAAAUCAGUGAAUGCCGCAGGGGCCAGUGAGCAGAGCGAGGCGGCCCUUAUCUCCACCAGAGGUACAAGGUUCCACUUCCUCAGAGAAACAGCCAACUCAGUGCUGGAGGUUUCAGAGGACAGGAACUCGGUAGAAUACACACGUGAAAUCUACAAUAAAAUGUCCUCAAUCAUAGAAUGUCCAGCUGUUAUGGGUGAGCUUUUGCCUUCUCUUGGAUAUUACUACUGGGAGACAGAGGUGUCUAAGUGCAAAGCCUACCGCAUCGGUGUUGCAUAUCAAUCUGUCUCACUAACCAGCACACUGGGGGAAAACAGUGCCUCCUGGUGUCUGCACUGUGUACCUACAUCUAUAAGCUGCAGAUUUGAACUACUUCAUGACCAUGUGGAGUCUGACAUCUUUGUUAUGGACAUACCUGCGCGGAUCGGCACUCUGUUGGACUACAGCCAGGGUCGGCUCUUCUUCUUCGAUGCUCAGAACGGGCAGCUCUUGGGCACUUUUCAGCACACCUUCACUCAGCCCUGCUACCCUGUGUUUGUCCUAGAGCAGCCGGGGAAUCUAGAGCUGAAAAUGACCAAUGAGGUGCCAGAGUUUGUUAAGCACUGCUAGUUUACAUGACACAAGUCUCAUUGCUCUGGGCGUGCUUGUGCGACAGUAUAUGAAUCAAUCUUUCUUAAUAGGAAAUGAAACCAUAUUGCGCUGUCACAUGAAAAGUUGCUCAGUUUUAUGAAAUGGUGUGACUGAAGAGAUUGUGAGAAACAUUAAAGGGUUAGUUCACCCAAAAAUGAAAAUUAUAUCAUUAAUUACUCACCCUCAUGUUGUUCCACACCAGU